GACUUAGCCCUCCACAGCAUAAUUGCCAGCCGAUAUACGCAUUGCAAUUGACGACUCAACAAUCACCACUCUGCCAUUGACCGCUGGGCCACUCUCAUACGUCCAGUAGUCAUAUCCGAUUUCCCCAUGGGGAAGUUCGAGGAUAUCUGGGUCUUGCUGUUGCCCGAAGCCGAGGAACUACGCAGACAAGCGUUGACACCACAGGAGAUAUGUACCAGACUGGCGGUAGUGGGCUUCGGGAACAAGGAUAAGUACAACACGGUAAAGGGGUGGUAUAAAAGGAAGUUCAAAGACUGGCCCGAAGAUAAUGACGAAGUCCAGUCUAUGGGAAGCAGGCGUAGAUAUAGCGAUAUACCACCGCCUCUAGAAGCCUACCACCUUUGGCAAAUGCGUUCUCGAUACCCACAAUCCUCUCAAACAUACUCUCAUAAUAGUCAAAAUAUCCUUGAGGAACAGCAGGCGGAUGCUACAUCGCAGCCAACAGAUAAUCUUCCACCACGAGGGACUGGAAUAUCGCUGGAAUGGACACAAAAUGCACCUACGUAUGGAUUACCAGAAGAAUUGGUCCUCUACGAGUCUCAGGCAGCUUCUCGACGUCCAUCCCGACAAGAGCUUGAAAACAAUCAAAUGAACAAUUCCCAUCCCGGGACCUUUUCCAAUCAAUCUUUCCAACCUCAUCAACCAUGGGAGACGCAAUAUGAGUCAACUUAUGGCAGCAUCGCGCAGCCGUCAUUUGAGAAUGAUUCAUCACAGCACAGAGAUGAUCUCAGAUCUAGUCGAGUCGUGUACCCUCCUCAAAAAUUCCUAGAAAGGCGAGAUGAAACAACGCAACAGUAUGCCAGAGAAAGUCGUUCACACCAAGAGGGAAUUUCCUUCCAACAAGUGAUAUAUACCGACCUCGAUCAAAGUGUCAAUGGCUUUAGUACCAAUUUCCCAAUUUGUGACACCCAAUGGUCGCCAGGACCAGGAGAUUUCGAAAAUCUAUUGAGCACGGAUUCGGAUGCGGACAUUGUUCAACACGACGAUACCACGGUUCUAAUGCGAGCUUCAGCAACGUCGUGCGAAUCCAUGACAUCUGGUUCUUACGUGCCCCAUACUCCACCAAUGCCCAGUGUACCACCGACUUCAGGGUCUGUUCUUCGGCCAUCCGAUAUCAGCCUGCGCAAGGAUGAGGUCGACCAUAGCAUAGAUCAGCAACACGAGCCAAACCGAAUGUCGACGAAACACCACCGCAUCAGCUCAACGUUUUCCGACCCCACGAUGCCUCCUCAGUAUUCGCUACCUCCAGAUCCCCCACGUGUUCCUGCUGUUGUACGCAGAAGAGCAGACCAAACGGUCCCAACGCCCUGGAAGCCUGUAUACGUGGAAGAUAGCAAGAUAGUUGCCGUGGAUCCUCAAGAGUUUCCAACAGCUCACCCACGAAAACUUGUCAAGAGACAGCUACGUGACUCAAUCGGCAUUUAUCACGACCAACGUGAAACACCGAGUAUUGCGCCAACAUCAACCACGGAUCUUUCUGGCACGGCUCCCGAUACAUCCCGGAAACCUUUACGUGACCAACCCGUCAAUCCCUCGAAUGCUUCAAUACGUUCCAGUAUCCGUGACUCGGGAUACAUAAGCAGUGUUGAGUCGGUCUGGAUGGAGUCGAUGCGGAAUUCAUUCAGCAGUCUACAACUAGAGGAUCCCAAAUUCAAAACAACGUUCAGCGAAGAUGAUGACGGAUAUGUGCACUUCAAGUUCAAAGCAAAAUGUAGCGUCAGGAAAAGUUACAUUGCGAGAUUAGAGGAGAAUCAGGGCCAGGUUAACAUCUAGACUUUCUUGCAUCCCAGGUAUUCCAUCUCUCACGAAAGCAUACCCAUGAGUACGAUGGUGGUCAACGCGGAACGAAAUCAACGGCGCUUACGCCAGGCGGAUUAUUUACGGCGAAAUGGUGGCAUUCAUGGUUUUGAGCGAUACAUCAUCUUCGUU